AUGUUUGUUGAGCUUGUUUCGAUCCUUGCUCUUCUAGGAUUCGCUAUCGGUGUGCACACCGACCAGGAUGCAGGAGACUUAGAAGCAAGGUCUGCUCAGCCUCAGCCGUCUUGGGUGGAUUUGGGCCCGUUACCAUUUGGAGGAGUGCCUCAUGAGGAGGACGUUGUCGUGGAAAAGUUUCCGCUGGAUACUCUGAUAACACGAGCAUCCAACACAGCCGACAGCACUGAGCAGAAUGACUGGUCGCUCGACUCCAUGUUGACAGAGGCUCCUGUAGCUCACAUCACUUCACCUUCCAGUGAUGAGUCUUGGAAGAAGAGGCCUGACCGUGAAUUGCACCACCAUCCUCAACCAUAUGCAAGUUCGAGCUCAGAGGACGAUUACUAUUCAACUGCCAGGUCCUCCAUCUCCUCUACCUCGUCUGAGGGCUACGAUGAAUCCUCUUCGUCGUCAUUUGAUCAUACCCGCUCCCACAAGGCCGUGGACUGUGAGCACUCCACUGGCCUCCAGCACGUCCACCGCAGCUGCUGUGACCACAUCGACCUCGACUUCAACUUCCACAAGCCUGGUUUGGAACGGCUCACCAACAGAAUCGGGAACUACACUUACGAGUGCAGAUGCGUUGAAUACUUCCGUGGUGCCGAGCUUCACAUUAAGAAACCCGUUCUCAAGAAACACUUCCACGGCAGCGGUUCCUUCUGGGCCGACAUUGACGCCUAG